AUGUUGCUGUCGUCGAGCUCCACACGGGUUGCGGCACGGAUGGGCGUCAAGAUGCUUGCACGCGGCAUUGGCCAAACGGACCAUCACCACCGGCCGCUACUUCAACUGUGCUGCACUAGCAGAAGCAGUGCGGGUUCUACCGCACCGACGAGCCUGUUUUCAGCCACCAACACCACCACAACUACCACCUCCACGGUACGGGUCACCCAGGAAAGGUGGAUGCAGCGGUUCGAGUCGGAAAGCAUCCCCGAGCCGGAAACGUCCAUCGUCAACAUCAUUGCACACGUGCUCGACCUGUCCGGGCCGGGCGAGGUGGGCAACCAUCAAAACUCGGCACUGAACGAAGCGCAGAUGGCAAAAAUCGAACAGCUCUGCCAGUGCCGGCUGGCCCGAAUGCCCAUCCAGUACAUCGUGCGCGAGUGGGACUUUCGCGAUCUGACGCUGAAGAUGGUGCCGCCAGUGUUUAUACCGCGCCCGGAAACGGAGGAGCUCGUCGAGCUGAUACUGCAGCAGAUGGACACGCAGCGGGAAACGCUCUUUCUGGAGAUCGGAUGCGGUACGGGCGCAAUAAGUCUUUCACUCUUGAAGCAUGCCCCCAAGUCCUCUGCAAUCGCGAUCGACCAGAGCCGGUAUGCGUGUGAGUUGACGCGCGAGAACGCCGAAACGGUGGGCCUGCACGAACGGUUGCGUAUAUUCAAGCACAAAGUGGUGGACGAUCUGCCGGCGGAGCUGGGCGGGCAGCAGUUCGACAUGAUCGUUAGCAACCCGCCGUACGUGCCGUCGGUGCUCAUUCCCACGCUCGAUCCGGAGGUGAAGAUCUACGAGGAUCUGCGCGCGCUGGACGGCGGGAACGAUGGUUUGACUGUGAUAAAGGCCAUCCUGCGGAUAGCGGGUCGACAUCUCGCCAAAGAUGGCGUUCUGUGGCUGGAGGUGGACAGCACACAUCCACCGAUAAUAGAGGAGUUUCUCUCGAAGCACGGCGAACUGAUGGGAUUACGGUUUUUGGCAUCGUAUAAGGAUCUGUUUCAGAAGGAUCGCUUCGUGGAAAUUGCUAAGCUAUAGACGGGCGGGCGGGCAGGCGGGCCCGAAUGUGUUAGUUGAGCAUAAACAGGAACAUAGUGCAGAUAAUUGCAGUGUCAACAUGUCUGUUAAAUUAUACGUUUUCGAGUGGCAUGGUAUGGCAUUGCUCUCUCUCUCUCUAUCUAUCUAUCUAUAUCGUUCUCUUUGGCAGCCGUGCCCCUCUGGCUACACUCGAAAAAAGCUUUAUUCUCGUAUAGAAACGAAUAACUUAUUAGAGCAAUCGGCCCUUGCAGCCCUUUUCGCCACAGUUGCAGGUUAGAUGCUUCCCGUUGACGGAACCGACGUCAUAGUUGUAGUUCCACGUUAAUUCCGUACCGGCUGUAAUGUUACGCUCCGCAAAGAACGCUACCCAGGGGAACCGCAGAUCGUGCGUAUCGACAAACACGUUCUGGACGAAGAGAUUAGGAUUGCAGGAGUGCUGCGGUGUGGAAGGGAGGGGGGGGGGCGGAGAUGGAAGAGCACAGGGUAGCCAAAACAUAAAAUAAAAAGACAGUUAAAUCGUUUGCAACGUAGGAGGUAAAGGCAGCGCCGUUUCUACUCACGUUAAAGUACCGGCCAAGGUUGCCCGAUUUUUUCGCAUCCAUCACGUAGAUAUGCUCAUUCUCGCCGUACAGCUUGCGGAACAGCGACUCAUCGUUCGGUCCGCCGGACGCGUCCAUCAUGUCCAUCUCGGGAUUCGGUAUCAGAUUGACGCACUCUUGCUCUGUGUAGGUAAAGCCAAAGGCAAAGUGAAUGUGUGUGUGUGUGUGUGUAGAAACAACAUACGCCUUUCGUGCAAAGCAAUAAUAUUACUCGUAACACAUUAA